AUGGCGAAUCUUUAUGAUAUCUGUUAUUACUCUGAUUUUCUUGAUGAGGAAAAUGAGGUUCAGGGAAGUCUAACAAUAAAUGGAAGCCACCUCACCGCCCAGGUGCGCAGCCUGGAGGCACAGGUUGCCCACGCUGACCAGCAGCUUCAAGAUCUGGGCAAGUUCCAAGUGGCAACUGAUGCCUUAAAGAGCCGGGAGCCCCAGACUAAGCCUCAGCUGGACUUGAGUGUGGACAGCCUGGAUUUGAGCUGUGAGGAGGGGACUCCCCUCACCAUCACCAGCAAGCUGCCUCGAACUCAGCCAGAUGGCACCAGCAUCCCUGGAGAGCCAGCCUCACCCAUCUCCCAGCGCCUGCCCCCCAAGGUAGAAUCCCUGGAGUCUCUCUACUUCACCCCAAUCCCAGCUCGGGGUCAGGCCCCACUGGAGAGCAGCCUGGACUCCUUGGGGGACGUCUUCCUGGAUUCAGGCCGGAAGACCCGCUCUGCUCGUCGACGUACCACGCAAAUCAUCAAUAUCACCAUGACCAAGAAGCUAGAUGUGGAAGAGCCGGACAGCGCCAAUUCAUCCUUCUACAGCACCCAGUCCGCCCCUGCCUCCCAGGCUGGCCCACGAGCCACGUCUUCUACCCAGUCUCUAGCCCGCCUGGGCUCUGCUGAUGAUGGCAACUCGGCUCUGCUCAGUCUACCUGGGUACCGACCCACCACUCGCAGCUCUGCUCGCCGCUCCCAGGCUGGUAUAUCCAGUGGGGUCCCUCCAGGAAGGAACAGCUUCUACAUGGGCACUUGCCAGGAUGAGCCCGAGCAGCUGGACGACUGGAACCGCAUCGCAGAGUUGCAGCAGCGCAACCGGGUGUGCCCCCCUCACUUGAAGACCUGCUACCCCCUGGAGUCUAGGCCUUCUCUGAGCCUGGCUACCAUCACAGAUGAGGAGAUGAAAACUGGUGACCCCCGGGAGACCCUGCGCCGAGCCAGCAUGCAGCCAGCCCAGAUAGCUGAGGGCACAGGCAUCACCACCCGGCAGCAGCGCAAACGGGUCUCCUCAGAGCCCCAUCAGGGUCCUGGUACCCCAGAGUCUAAGAAGGCCACCAGCUGUUUCCCACGCCCCAUGACUCCCCGGGACCGACACGAAGGGCGCAAACAGAGCACUACGGAGGCCCAGAAGAAAGCUGCUGCUCCGGCUGUUAAACAGGCUGACCGCCGCCAGUCCAUGGCUUUCAGCAUCCUUAACACACCCAAGAAGCUCGGGAACAGCCUGCUGCGGAGGGGAGCCUCAAAAAAAGCUCUGUCCAAGGCCUCCCCCAACACCCGCAGUGGGACCCGCCGCUCUCCGCGCAUUGCUACCACCGCGGCCAAUGCCGCCACUGCCGCUGCCCUCGCUGCCGCCACUGCCACCCCUCGGGCCAAGGGCAAGGCAAAGCACUAAAAGGCCAGGACCAGUGAGAGGCCCCCACCUGUGUCCUCAAUGCCAACCUCGCCUGGUCCUUCUCCUUCUACUGUCCCUUUCAGUGCCUUCUCUCAGC